AUCUCUGCUUCGCCUGCUCUACAAGACCUGCGAAGCUGUGAAUCUUGACUUCAACCAGGCGUUCCAGCAGCUGGUUGUGGUGCCGUCGACGACAGCCGCAAGAGCACCGGCCAAGUUCCAGCAUCCGGCAGGAAAAGAUGCAAGUGGUGUCUAUCCAGUGCCGGCAGACAGCAUCAUCUCCUUCUUCCUCUGCCUGGAUGAGGCACGCAUGCGCAUGGUCCCUGAACGUGAAGGCUUGGAUGGCCG